GCCGUGUGACGUCCGUGUCAGAGAGUCAAACAAAACGUUGACAACACUGAAAUGAGCUGUCAAGACGUUUUACCUUUCAGAGAAUGUAGAAACAAUUGAUUUUACACGUUUUAUAUAGUUGUUUUUCUGAGAUUAUUUACUUUGUUUAUGAAGUUAAAAUAUCUAGCCGUCUAACUGUCACACGAUGGCAGCCGCGGCUCAAAGCGAUUUAUCGAUCGCGGAGCUGAAGGCUGAGAUCGAGAGGCUUGGCCGCGAGCUCGACCAAGCCAGCAGCGAGAAGAUCCAGUCGGCGCAACUGGGCCUUGUGCUGCUGGAGGAGAAGUCGGCGUUGCAGCAACGAUGCGACGAGCUCGAGGCCCUCUACGAGAACACCAAGCACGAGCUGGAUAUCACGCAAGAGGCUCUUAUGAAACUAGACACAACUCAGAAGGUAACAACUCGGAGUGGAAUAGAGCAAGAAAAUGCUCUCCUCAACGAGUCAGCUGCUAUGGAGAGCUCCCUCACUCUACAGAUCCUGGAGCUGGAGAGUGAAUCCAAACAGUUGCGUCACGAACUAGACCGCGUGGUGAGCGAACGUGAUCGCUUGCUGGCCGAGAGUUCGGAGCUGGGCCAGGACAAGGUAUCCCGGGAGUCGGAGCGCGUGGCUCUGAGGGCUGAGCUCCGGGAGGCCAGGCAGAGGGAACAGAGACUGUUGGUUGACAUCGGGGAUUUGGAAGACGAGAAUAUCUCGCUACAGAAACAAGUGUCCGCGCUCAGAUCUUCACAGGUUGAAUUCGAAGGCCUAAAACAUGAAGUCAGACAACUUCGCGAAGAGGCAGAAAAUGCGCGUGCCAUGGCCGAAGAGACGGCUGCGUUACGCCGCAUCGCUGAACGACAGCUGGCCGAAGCGCUCGAAGCGCUGCAAGCCGAGAGGGAGGCCAAGUUCGCUGCCAAGAAGGAACUUGACGCUCACCUUAGCAGGGAAGCUGCGUACAACAUCACUAACUUGGCAUACAGUAUACGAGGUAUGCCAGACGACGGCACAGAGGACGAGGGUGAACCGGGCGGUUCGUCAUCAGCGGAACUGGCGGGCGCUAUGGGCGACCACCACGCCGACCUCUUCUCUGAAGUGCAUCUGCACGAGAUAUCCAGGCUCGAGAAGCAGCUGGAACAGGCACAUAAUGAAAACAGUCAACUACAAGCGUCGAUGCGCAGCGCCCAGGUGACGGCGGAGAGCGAGAGCGCGGCCGCCGCACUGCUCCGCGCCGGCCUCACACGUGCUGCAUCUCGCGUCACCGCCUUACAUGCCUUGCAUUCCGACUGUGCACCACUGGACGAGGAGAAGGUCGAAUCCGGUGGAGUAUCAGCUCGGGCUGCCAAAUGGCUGACAUGGUGGCGAGUGUCCGGCGGCGAGUUGUCCGGCCUGGCCGCGCUACUGUCCGAGCUAUCGUCCGGCGCGGUGCCGGCGGACGGGUCGGCGGCGUCGGCGGCCGCGUUGCAGAGGGCGGCGCUGGCGCAGCUGGCUGAUAGAGUCGCUGAGGCCGAAGUGCGAUGUGCCGCGUUGCAGGCCGAUGCUGAUCUGUUGAGGACUCUUGCCGGAGGAGCGGGUCGUGCCCUGUCGACGGCGGCGCCGGCGCUGCUGUCGGCGGCGGAGACGCUGGCGCAGAUCUACCACCACGUGUGCGCCGUCAACGGCACGCAGCCCGAGCGCGUGCUGCUCGACCACGCGGGGCAGAACAUAGUAUCAGGCGCCGAAGACCGCGGUGCGGAGGCCGAAGCCCUAGCCCUCGCAGCGGGCGAGCUGGAAGGCCUGCGGGCGGCGGGAGGCGUGGCGCGGUCGGCCGACACGCUGCUGGACCAGCUCACGCAUCUCCGCGCUGCACUGGACACUGCGCUCGACUCCAGGAACAGGCAUCAACCUGUAAUGGAGACCGAAGAGCGCGGCGCCGAGGUGGUAGAACUCCAAGAACAGGUGAUCAAGCUGAAGUCCCUGCUCUCCACCAAGAGGGAACAGAUCGCCACGUUGCGUACCGUCCUCAAGUCCAACAAGAACACCGCCGAGGUUGCUCUCGCCAACCUCAAGAGCAAGUACGAGACGGAGAAGAUUAUUGUUACCGAGACCAUGCUGAAGCUCAGGAACGAGCUGCGGCUGCUUAAGGAAGAUGCUGCUACCUUCUCUAGUCUCCGCGCGAUGUUCGCGGCGCGGUGCGAGGAGUACGUGACGCAGGUGGACGAGCUGACGCAGGCGCUGGCGGGCGCCGAGGAGGAGAAGAAGACCCUCAACCAGCUGCUGCGCCUCGCUGUGCAGCAGAAGCUCGCCCUCACGCAGCGCCUCGAGGAGCUCGAGGUGGACCGCGAGAUGCGCACGCGGCGCGUGCCGAAGGCGGGAGGCGGCGCCACGCGCGCGCGGGGGCGGGACUUCUAGCGACUCGUGUCGGCGCUCAAGGCCGCCGCCGCCGCCCUGCGCGCGCUGCUCGCGCCCGCCCCCCGCGUGCGCAGCUAGGCGCCGCCCGCCCGCCCGCGGCCCCGCCCAACGCGCAGCGCCACGAAUUUAUAGUGUUUAGUGUGGGGCGUGCCGAGCGGCCGCAACUAUUUUAUAACUGUGCGCUCCCUUGAGACUAAAUUAUUUAUACGUUUUAUAAAAUUUUAAUCUAAUUAAUGGUAGGUACGGGUGUGAGGGGGGAGCCUCGGCGCGGCGCGGGGGGCGGGGCGCGGGCCCGUCGUCCGUGAACCGUCAAACUGUGCAGCCGCGCCCGCCGCCACCCGCGCCCGACGCGAUAGAGACGAACAUAGAGUUAAUGGAAUAAAAACUAGGUAGUCGUCGAGGCUCCCCGCCUGGUGACAGUUGGUGUGUAAUAUUAAAGUUGACUGAUUUUUACCGCGAGCCCCGUCGGGCCGGUGCGUUGUUGUUGUUGCCGCAGAGUGUCGGCACACGUGUCGUACGUGUCGCUCGCACGUGUCGAUGUUGCGUCUCGUUCGCGAUCGUGCCGCGCGUCACCGAUCCAGAUUUGAUAUCGAAUUUCCUCAAUAUAUCUAUCUAUUGCACGUCUCAAAUUGAUGUUUAUCGAGUAUUUUUGUAAUAGGAUCAGUGUAUUUUAUUACGCAUAUGAAUUUAUGACCGUUGUUACGAUAUCGCAGAAGACACGGCGGCGCAGCGGGCGGCCGGCC